AUGGCUAAGUUUAGGCACAGUAGAGCUCCAAGCCAUGGAGCCAACAACGCCAACUCAGUCAAGCAAGAUUUGCCGCGAGUGACAAAAGGAAGGGCGGGGUAUGGGAAUGUUCAUGGAAUUGAGGUGGUCGAACCCGCAGUAGCGUUCGCGGCGGGAGGAACAAGGCCACCGGUGGCAACCAAGCUGGAGAGGGAAAACGCUCACCUGAGAGAGCAACUCAAGUUUCAGGUCCCAGGUUUAUUGUCUCACGUCAACCGUUACGCUACCUCAAUAACCCCUUUCUUACUUAUGCAGGGUGCUGUGCUUGACCAGCUUGCCGGAGAUGUUCACACGCUCGAACUCAAGGCGGCUGCUGCUGCUUCCGGAGCCACCCAUCUCCGACCGUCGCCAAUCCACAACCAAGAAGCUAAGGACGUAGUACUUGAGGGACCCGUGGGAUCCGAAGGAAUGGCUCAAGGGCCGAAAGAUGAAGUACACCAAGAGAACCACGAGGCCGGUGAGCGGUGCCCAGACAUGAGCGAGGGAGGAACUCAGGGCGCACAAAUUGAUGGCGAAGAUCCUCACGGGGAGCUUCGGGAUGUCGAUGAGAGAUAUGUUAUUCAACGGAAAGAUACGGCGGAUGAUCUCGCACAGGGCCAUCGAGGAAACACUCCACCAACUUCCGUGCAACACGAACGAGUCGAGUCCGCACGUGACCCGUAUGAGAAACCCGAUUGCCCAAUCGAAACGGCGUCCGACCAAGUGUUGAGGGAGGUGGUGCUGGCGAGCUCUUCUCCUGCUGGUGGGGAGCGAGACUCUGGCGACAACAAAACGGAUCUGAGGUCUGAGCUGAGAGCGGCCAGGCUGUUGACGGAGAGAAUCCGGGGGGACUUCGCGGCUGCGCAGAAGGCCCUUCCCAGGGCAGAGGAGAAAGAGCAGUCUCACAUCGACCUCCUUUCUCGCGAGCGAAAAUUCCGCGCCACUGUCGAAGCUGGCCUCCGUGAGAAAGUGCACAGUAUGCGGCGAAGGGCAAGAGAUCGAGAGGAGAGACUGUCGGCAGAACUGUCAUCCGUCAAGGCACAAUUGAAGGAGGCCAUGGACUUGCUGGCAACCAAGGAGGAUGAGCUUACGAAAAAGUUGCGAAACAUUUCUCCCUACAAGGUGCGCUCGAUGAGGGCCCGCAACGCGGAGCAGGAAGACAGGACCUCUGCAGCCCUGGCAAGGGGAAAAGAGCGAGAUCGGCAGAUGAGCUGGUUGGAGCGUCGCCUACAAGAGGUGGAUUCGAGUGCCUCACCCCUUCAGUUCCUGGCCAAAGACACAUUUUACACCUGCCAAAUAAAGGCCCAACUUAAUGGAGCACGUCGCAAAACAUGCUUGGUGUCUUCGGGGGAAACGUCCGCGGCCACGCUCCGCCUAGAAGAAAUGACGGUAGUCCUAGAGGCACAGCAGCAAGAGCUGGAAAGGCUGCGGGCGUCCGCAAGAGAGGUGGAGAGGCACGAUAAUCACCACCACCUACCACGACGAAAACAGCAACAGCAAACGAAGACGACUUGGAGGGAAAUCGACCAAAAACAGGUUAGCCUCAGAAGGCGAGAGGAGAGCGGCAAACUCGCGAGUGCUGCUCGGGGUCCGUCAACCGACGAUCAUGACGAUCAUGACGAUCAUGAUCAUCGGCACGAGACCGGGGCAGCAAACACCUCCUCCUCCGUUGACGACAACGCCCAGGUCGCCAAUGAUGCAAAUCUCCGAAAUGACGACGGCAAUUGCGACGGCAGGCGUCUAGCCGUGAGCAGAGUAGUACCACAUCACGACCACGAGGGCAAGCACCGAAGACGUGUACGUGAGGAUGACGACAAUGGUGACGUACCUCGUGUCAGCCUUGAUCUUGAAUGCUGUUGUAGCUGGUGGGGCUGGGAUGGAGGUGGAGGGGAUUGGGAUGAGUGA